UCGCGUUAUUCUCUUCGGCACUGUUUCCCCGCUGAGGCCUACAGAUGGCCGUGCUGGAAUCUCAUCAAUGGAAUUUCUUCGGUGCAUCUUUGCUGCUGUUAUCGCUUACAACGCAGAGUGAAGCUACUAAUCUUACUGAAGUUGCAGACAAUUCAGUAUCAAAACAAGUUGCAGUGAAAGACAAGGACGAGACUGUAUGUCCCACUGUGUCAGCCACGUUGCCUAUCUUCUCCUUGCCCUGCAAGACAAAUAAAGAUUGUGAUGUUCUUGGUGAACUAUGCUGUAAUGUCGAUGGAAAGCUGCGUUGUCGGAAAGGCGUGCCAAGACCUACCCCAAAACCAAUACACACACCACUGUUGGGAUUCAUCCCUAGAGAUUGUCCAACAUUCCCAGUAACUGAAAUUCUGCCAGUGAAGAAUUGCACCAACGAUUCAGACUGCUGGCCUCGUAUCUGUUGCCCAGAUGGACAAUACAGCUACUGUCGAACUUCAACGCAUCAAUGGGAGGAGUCUACAGGGUUUUCUUCUUUGAGAAGCACAAUUCCUUACCUGCAAUGUACCCCUCCACCACCGAUACUUUUUGAUCUUUUCCCCAAACCCUGUAGAACUCCUAUUGAUUGUUUCCCAAACCUGUGCUGCCAGGAACAAGGCAAGAAAUUCUGUCGACCACCCAAGAAGUCUCUGCUAGCUUUGAUUGCAACAGUUAGACAGAGAUUGGGAUGAGGAUGAGAAUAAACACCAAUAAAAAUGAUCAACACUCAACUUGCCUAAAGGUUUAUUUCUUGACCAAAAGCCAUUAAGCAAGAGUGGUAAUAUGGAAUUCAGAAAAUGUCCAAUUUAAACAAAUGAAACACAAACUGCCCGCCGGGGUCCCAUGCUGACGUUGCAUUAUCAUCUCUUCCAUGAACAAUCUUCAAUGAAGAGUCGGACACUAUUUAGUCCAACUAGAAAAGAACAGAAAGGUGCAAAUGUGAAAUGUUGUGUACCAAACAUGUUUAAAUUGUAAAUAUUUACUCAUGUACUGCUUCUAGUUCAUGGCUAAUGCAAUUUUCCAACACUAAUCAUAAACAUACAAGUUUAAGUAUCAAAUACAAUCAUGCAGGACACAACGUUUCUGUAUUGUAAUGUGACAAUGAAUAAUAAAGUUACUGUAGAAAAUCUUA